AUGGAGCCACCAACACUCAGCGCUACCCCACACACAGACGCUGUACAGCAGAGUCUCGUCAUGGCGGCUGCGAAGUGGUUAUGCUUCGUUUGCUGCAUGUGGAUUCUUUCCACAGCAGGAACGUCAGGAACAUUCGCCAUUUACUCACCCGUCCUGAAAGCCGUAGCAGGUUAUGAUCAGAAGCACAUUCAGGCGUUGGCCGUUGCCAAGGAUGUGGGAGAAAGUGUCGGUCUAGUUGCGGGUAUCUUGUGCGACUGGCUACCAGGAUGGCUUAUGCUUCUGGUUGGUGCACUGCACUAUUUGACUGGAUUUGGUAGUCUAUGGCUCGUAGCUUCGCAACGCAUUCAGCCGCUACCAUUCUGGCAGAUGUGCUCGCUGAUUUUAGUUGGAGCUCAAGGGACCGCCUGGUUCAACACAGCAGCUCUCGUGACCUGCAUACGCAAUUCUCCGAGAUCUCGAGGACCAGUUGUCGGCGUUCUGAAAGGACUGGUCGGCCUAUCGAAUGCCAUUCUUUCACAAGCUUACUCAGCUUUUUUAGCUCCCAAUCAACCGUCAUUUCUCUUGGUCCUUGCGGUUGUGCCUUUGGCAGUUGCCGUUCCGACCAUGAGCUUUGUCAGGUCAGAAAAUCGGGUCUUGUACGAUGAUAUUGAGGAGAAAACGAGCUUCGAGAAAGUCGUCAUGUCCUGCACGGGGCUGGCGUGCUACCUUCUUGUUGCAAUCUGUGUUGAAGAUCAAAUGGAACUAACAUCUCAGAUUCGGGCGUGGAUUUUUGCUGGAAUGCUGUUCUUUCUGGUUACCCCUUUGGCUGUCCCGGCUGCUCACUUGUUUGAAGAGCUUCACCUUAAUUUAAGCCAUACCUCAAAACAAGAUGAACAGUGCGAUGGAGAGGUGGAUGUAAGCGAGGCUGAUGACAAACUUCAACCCCUGAUUCAUCGAGUGUUAAGCACAGACUCCAUAUUUUCCGACUUCAGUCCAUCUGAGACACCAGCUUACGAUGACAAAGAAAACCAGCCUCUACAUUGCAGUCCACAUGCUCAUUUAAGCUCAGAGAUGAUUGAUCAAGAGUCAGGGGACCUAAGCCACUCUCAGAAAGGUUUAUUGAUGCCUGACCAGGAGAGGACUAGCAACGCUCACCCAGUCCUGGAUGUUCAUCAUAGGGGUUUGGACGAAGCUGUUCACAGACAUUUGAACAGGAGGAGGAGUUCCCAGAUCCUAUUAGCAGUGGGAGAAGGUGCUAUACGAACGAGAAGGAAGGGACCCAGACGUGGUGAAGACUUCACACUAGUUGAAGCUCUCCGAAAGGCAGAUUUUUGGCUCCUUGUGUUAUCGUACAUUUGUGGCUGUGGAUCUGGGCUGACUGCGAUUAACAACCUGGCUCAAAUGGCAUCCUCCCAGGACUACAGCCGGGUGCAACUGUUCGUGUCGCUGGUUAGCGUGUGGAACUUCAUUGGCCGCCUUGCAGGAGGAUAUUGCUCGGAGCACCUUGUCAAGACCUAUUUCCUUCCAAGGCCGCUGCUGCUUCUCGUGGCACAGCUUGUCAUGUCGGCUGGUCAUGCCAUUUACGCCAUUGCCUUCCCAUAUUCUUUGCACAUUGGCUCACUCAUUGUCGGGCUUUGUUAUGGUGUUCAUUGGUCUGUGAUGCCUGCAACCGUGAGUGAGCUCUUUGGCCUGAAGAAUUUCGGCCUAAUAUUCAAUGCAGUGGCAGCUGCCACUCCAGUGGGUUCGUACCUGUUCUCAAGUCUGAUUGCGGGGUAUCUUUACGACUAUGAGGCCCAUAAGGGUAAAGGUAUGGGGAGCCCCUGGCAACAAUCACUGGUCCAGGCGUUCAGCUCGUGGAGACUUGAUUCGUCAGAGUUCACUGAGUGCACGGGGGCCCAUUGCUUCCGGCUGACUUUCACAAUCAUGAUGGGGGUCUGCUGGAUCGGAGCAAUGUUCACUGGAAUUCUGGUAUGGCGUACCACCCGCGUGUACGUGACUUUGUACAGGAAAGGGGGAUCCUCUCAUAACCUGUGA